UGCUGUUGAGAGAAAAUGCAUCAGACUGUAGAGAUCAUCAUUGUGAAGAGCAGAAGAACUGUCUGUAGGGCGACUGAUCAAGGUAGGAUGUGUGUGAAGCGAGCACUCUGGUGGAUGGUGGUGUGUGUUGUGGUGCUGCAGGUGAGCUCUCAGCACUGGUCUCAUGGCCUUAAUCCUGGAGGAAAGCGUGCAGCGUUGCAGGAGACUGUUGAAGAAAUGCAGAGGACCUCCGGCUACGUGUGUGAUUACGUAGACGUUUCACCUCGGAAUAAACUCUACAGGCUGAAAGAUCUGCUGACCAGUGUUGCUGAGCGAGAAAUUGGACAGUAAGACGAAUAACAAAACUGAUCAAGAUCUUCAAUAAAAUGCUUCGCCUUUA